CUUGUUGGGUCCGGCGAGGAGCUCUCCAGCGGAUUUCUUGUCAAUGUGAGUUUAGUUCUUGAUCUGGUCUGCUCUUUCUAUCCCUGGAUAGUUUAAUUCUGUUUCAAUUUGGUGUUUUUUCGUCCUAUUACCGGUGGUGGUGGUGGUGGUGGUGGUGGUGGCCUGGUGGGCAGUGGUCGCAGCGGAGAGUAAGGAAGAUGAUGAAUUUUGCCCCUAAUGUUUAAGAUAAGCUUUGACUCACCAGCUUGUGAUCCUAGCGGUUCCAUUUUAUCCCCUUCCAACGUACGGCAAGCCGUUGACUUACAAUUCUAACCGCGUAGAUAGAUCUUCAUCGUAGAACCUCUCCUCUGCCUUGAUCUCUGCUGACUGUAAAGAUUUUGAAUUGAGAAAAUUGCAUAAUGGGAAAUGCUCUUAGGUUGCUAUAUAAGCACUGCUGCUACCCCACCACCACCGGAGAUUCUGAAUCACUUGGUCCCCAUGGCGUCUCCGCCACCACCGUGGGGGUUUCAGCCCUUGCCCAUGAUCUCUUUCAAUUUGAAAUUACCUCCCAGGUUCCUGAAGGACUCAGUAAGCAUGUUGUAUCAUCCAAGAAGGCUCAAGCGAACUGGUACAGAAAGCUACUAGAUGCAUGGAGAGAAGCUAAACCACCACCAAAAACACCUGAAGAAGCAACUAGGCUUGUUGUCCGGACCUUGAAGAGGCAUCAGAAGGCAGAUGUUGAGGGAUUGCUGAAAUUCUAUGGUCUUCCCCUUCCUCAAGCACUUGUUGAACUUUCUCCUGAUGUCCAAACAUCAUUGCCUGAGGGAAUACAGUUUGAAUUGAACACACUACCGGUGGAUGCAAGGGCAGUACCAGAUGGGGAUACCUUAACAGUGUACGUUAGUACCACUGAUCCAAGGGAGUCAUCAAUUGUUCCAAGAGACGUACAGGUUGCAGCUGUUCAAAGAUCCAAAGCACGCACAGAGAAGAAUUAUGCAAGGGCAGAUGCACUUCACAAGAAAAUCACUGAUUUGGGAUAUCGGGUUUUAAAUGUUCAAAAUGAGGAGGUCCUUGCUCGAAAAUAUCGUGUUCGACUAAGGGGUAUUGAUGCACCGGAGAGUUCAAUGCCAUAUGGGAAAGACGCAAAAGAAGAGUUGGUUAAGCUUGUUCAAGGGAAGUCUUUAAGAAUUCUAGUAUAUGGGGAAGAUCGUUAUGGUCGUUGUGUGGGUGAUGUCUACUGCAACGGUGUAUUUGUACAGGAAGUAAUGCUCAAGAAAGGAUUUGCAUGGCAUUACACAGCCUACGACCACCGCUUACAGCUUGAAAAUUGGGAAAAAGAAGCUCGAGCAAAGCGAGUUGGCUUAUGGGCUUCUUCAAAUCCUCAGAAGCCAUGGGAAUAUAGAAAGGAUAAACGAGAAGGCAGAUAACGCAUUUUUCCCCCUUCAGAUACAAGUAAUCUUCUGCUACAUUAACCAUUUGGUACAUCCAGAAUUUAAAGGCAGUCCUAACUUUGAUUCAAGACUAGGGUUCCACAGCUGAACAGAGGAAGAAACUGCAGAUUCAUCUUUUCAGAAUUUGUGUAUUAUUAUCACGAAAAAGUACUUCACAAUUUAAAUCGUAAAAUACUGAAAGCUUUUAAUAUUAGAGGUUAUUUAAAAGUUUAUAUUUUAUAAUUUAAAUUGUAAAAUAAUAUUCUCUUAUUAUC